AUGACAGAGCUCAUGGGCCCGAAGCAUCCUGAAACAGCUGCUAUAUAUUACAGUAUCGGCAACUUAAUGAGUUCCAUGGGUAGUUAUGAAGAAGCAUUAGGAUAUUUACACAAAUGUCUUGAGUGCAGGGAGGAAGUCCUUGGCUCCGAUCAUCCGGAUACUGCUGAUACUUAUAGCAGCAUGGGUUUGACGCUUGCACACAUGGGUAAGUAUAGAGAAGCACUUGCAUGCUAUGAUAAAUGUCUUAAAGUUCGGGAAAAAGUCCUUGGUUUCAAACACCUUGACACCGCCAGUGAAUACAGCAAUAAAGGUUUUGCACUUAGUGAGAUAGGUGAGCCAGCAAAGGCUCUUGUAUACUAUAAGAAAUCUCUUGGAGUAAGGUUAGACUUACUUGGCAAGAAACACCCUGAUACCAUCCUCAUAUACCACAACAUGGCCUGUGCAUUGAUCGCCAUGGAUAAUUACACAGAGGCACUUGAAUAUGCUGAAGAAGCUCUUAACGCUAGUAAAGAAGUAUUUGGUGAGAAACAUCAUGACACUGCUGGGGCAUACUCGAAUGUUGGCACUGCACUACUUCUUGGAAAGGUUACCGACAUUCGCACACUUACGUGUUUUGAGAAAGCUCGUGAAUUCUAUGAAGAGCAUUUCCCACCCAACCAUUUUAAAAUUAAAUUUCUGGAUUUGAAUAUCUAUUUGAUAUUCUAUUUACCAGGUAUUAUUCAACAGCUGAUUCCCUUUGUUCAGUUGAGUAAUUGUAUUGUGAACUAUGAGAUGAACAUUAAGAUGGGUCCAAGUUGA